AUCUUCUCCUAUUAUUACUCUCUCACCAAAGCUUAAACAAAACAAAAAAAAAAAACAGUUUUAGAUUAUUUAUUCUGAGAUGAAGCUAGUUGAGAAUACGACUACUGAUAAGUUUACAACAACGGAGGAGAAAGGAGAAGAUGUCUGCCGCACGAUCGAGGUUGUUGAGAGAAACAUGUUUCAGUCUCAGUUCGAUGAGGUUGUAACAGGAGAGGAGCUUAACCUAAUACCGCCGCUAAACUUCUCUAUGGUUGAUAACGGUAUAUUCCGUUCUGGAUUCCCUGAUCCCGCUAACUUCUCCUUCCUCCAGACUCUUGGACUCCGCUCAAUCAUAUAUCUGUGUCCGGAGCCGUACCCGGAGAGUAACAUACAGUUCCUUAAAUCCAAUGGAAUUACUCUUUACCAGUUUGGCAUUGAAGGCAAUAAGGAACCAUUUGUGAUUAUUCCAGACCAAAAAAUCCGCAAGGCACUCAAAGUCCUUCUAGAUGAGAAAAACCACCCGGUUCUGAUUCAUUGUAAGCGAGGCAAGCAUCGGACUGGUUGUCUUGUGGGGUGCUUAAGGAAACUUCAGAAAUGGUGUUUGACAUCGAUAUUUGAUGAGUACCAGCGAUUUGCAGCAGCUAAAGCUAGAGUUUCAGAUCAAAGAUUCAUGGAGAUAUUCGACGUCUCCAGCUUCAAUCACGUUCCUAUGACUUUCUCUUGUUCCAGCAGUAAAAAUUGUUUGCGGUAAAUGGAUUCCUGGAAAACCCAAAUGGUUAUUUGGUGUUGAUAAAGUAAAGAGAAGCAAGAUAAUAGCAGUGACGGACAAAACAAGUUACAAGGAUUUUGUUCAUAUGGUGAUCGGAGCGUACGAUGUUGAUACGCGGAUUUACGACAUUGAGUUGAGCUACAUGUAUCCAAAGAAGGUUUUACUAACAUUACCGGAAAACACACCGCCUGUAGAUAUUGAAAAUCAGAGGCAAUUUGAUGGAUUUUUGGAACAAGGUAAAACAGAAGCAAUGCAAAUUUGUCUUGAACUUAAGGAAAAAGUUUUGGAUGAAGACACAGACGACGAAGGCUCCAUAUUUGAUUAUUGUGAUGAUUUAGACGGCGCAUCUUCAGGUGAUGAAGACUUUGCACUGAAAGGGAUUCAU